GACAAGUGGAGCGACCAAUCAGGACGCUCCUUGAAGGGCACCGGUGGAGAGCGUGAAGGGGGCGCAGGAGAGAGGGGCAGAAGCCGAAUGGUGGAGCUGAAGAUGGCGGAUGGCGACAGCGGGAGUGAGCGAGGCGGGGGAGGAGGCGGAGGUGGAGGCGGCUUCCAGCACUUCCAGCGGGACCAGGAGACCCAGGAGCUCGCGUCCAAGCGGCUCGACAUCCAGAACAAGCGCUUCUACCUGGACGUCAAGCAGAACAGCAAGGGCCGCUUCAUCAAGAUCGCCGAGGUCGGGGCCGGGGGCUCCAAGAGCCGCUUGACCCUCUCGCUGUCGGUGGCGGCGGAGUUCCGUGACUACCUCGGGGAUUUCAUCGAGCACUACGCCCAGCUGGGGCCUAGCAGCCCGGAGCAGAUAGCCCAGGCCAGCGUGGGUGAGGACGGGGGCCCCAGGCGAGCGCUCAAGAGCGAGUUUCUCGUCCGGGAGAACCGCAAGUACUACCUGGACUUGAAGGAGAACCAGCGGGGGAGGUUCCUCCGGAUCCGGCAGACCGUUAACCGCGGACCGGGCUUCGGGGUCGGGGGCCCGGUGGGCGGCAUGCUCUCCGGGCAGACCAUAGCCCUUCCGGCCCAGGGGCUCAUAGAGUUCAGGGACGCCCUCGCCAAGCUCAUCGACGACUACGGGGGGGACGACGAGGAGCUGACCGGGGGCCCGGGCUCCGGCGCCGGGGGCUACGGCGAGCUCCCCGAGGGCACCUCCAUCAUGGUGGACUCGAAGCGGUUCUUCUUCGACGUCGGCUCCAACAAAUACGGGGUGUUCCUGCGUGUGAGCGAGGUGAAGCCCAGCUACAGGAACUCUAUCACCAUCCCCUUCAAGGCCUGGGGCAAGUUCGGCGGAGCCUUCUCCCGCUACGCCGAGGAGAUGAAGGAGAUCCAGGAGCGGCAGCAGCAGCUGCAGCAGCGGGACAAGAUGUACGAGCGGAGGGACGAGUCCGAGGGGGACGAGGGGGACGACGACUGAGGGGCCGAGAGCUGCAGCAGCAUCAGGGGGCAAUUUUUUUUUGCAGAAAGAAAAACCGAAAAAUAAUAAAAAAGUGCAUGACAAAUCGUGCAGUAAUAGCCUUCUAAAGUGUCGUGGCGUUAAAAAGAAAAAAAAAAAAAGGAAAUUAUUUCGUGUAUUAUCCUUAAAGUUUGAAAGGGUUUCUGAAAGUGGAGAAGAGAAAAAAAAAAGUAUAAAUGAGAUGUUUCUCAUUGGAAAGAAAGAAAAAGAGUUUUUUAUAAGUAGAAGUGAAGCCAGGGAGCUUUUCCUAUAGUUUAUAUUUAAAAAAAGAAAGAGUGAGGACCUGUUUUGUUUUUGUUUUUUUUUUUUGAGAGUGAGCAUCCAUCCAUGUUCCUGUUCCAGUCCAGGUCCUCUCUUCUUCUUCUUCUUCUUCUUCUUCUUCUUCUUCUUCUUCUUCUUCUUCUUCCUCUAAGGUUUUAGUGAGAGAGAGGAAUCCGCUGCCGUCACUUCUUUGUGGAUGUUUGCAGGACAGGAGGGAAGAGAAAAAAAAAACAAAAAGCAAAGCAAAAACAGCUGCAAGAAGACGAACCCCCCCCUGAAGAGUCAGUGAGAGGAUUAAUGUGUGAGGAGCCCGAACAGGACGGGGCCCCCCAGGACUAAACUACGAGGCUCCAGAGGUCAGCUGGGUUUAUGUCAUACAUACGAUCCGAGCGGAGCGACGCACAUCCCGCCGGGAGUUUUCCUCUCACACCAGAGCAUCCCUGGUGCUUUGAGGGCCAACACGCGGGGCGCGGACCCCGUCUGGGACGCCCCAGAUACGCUACGGGUCCAACGGCAUCUUCCAACGAACAAAGACCCUGGACAGAAACACACUGAUGGACGUUUUCUUUUUUUAGUUUUUUUUUUGUUUCAAAAAGAGAACUAUAUUAUUGACAAAUGAAAAUUCUACUUAUAGGAAGAAAUAUUAAUUACCAAACAAACCAGCAGCAAAUGAUAUUUUCAAAUACUGUAACAGAGAAAAAAGAACAUAUGUAUUGUCUAAAAAAAAAAAGAAAAUUAAGAACAAAAGGUUAAUUUCUAUCUUCAGAUUAUUUUUUAAUUUUCUCCUUCUUAAAAUGAGAGUACAACACUUUCCUUAAUUAAAAGAACUUUAAAUGUACCACGCAACCGUGUGACUGUAUGUUUUUAAAACGAUUUAACAAAGAAAAGCAGCAGAAACGAACUCCAAGAAACGUUUCCUGCGGAUUUAAAAAGACAACGCAGACUGUAUUUAUUUGUAUUUUUUUCUUCACAUUUGGUGAAACGUCUCAUUUAUCUCGUUUAUCUCAUUUAUCUCAUCAUCCGAUCGACGGCCUCAGCCAAACGACUGCAAACCUGAGACCAAACCAGGUCCUCAGAUGUAAAUAUCUCAAGGUUUUCUUUGUCUUAAUACGACAAUAAACUCAAUAUUUGUCAGAUUUUGAGGACACGAUUGGAUGAAAGUUUGACUUUUUGGAAGAAGAAACAUCAAACCUGACGCUUAAAGCUUCUCAAAUGUGAAUAUUAUUCUCAAACGCAACAACUUUCUGCUCUAAAUUGAAUAUUAUCAGAUUUUUAGGACUAACAGUUUCUAUUUUUCAAAGCAAAUAUGUAAUUUAAAGUUUCUCAAAUGUGAAUUUUUACAGCUUCUUGUAAAUGACAAUAAAUGGAACAUAUUUGGGA